AUGUCAAGACCAUUCAAACCAGUCAGAAACAAUAAAAAGAAAGAUGGUAAAGAGGCUAAGGUAGACAAGUCUCAAAAGCAAAUUUUCAACUUUUUCCAGAGCAAUAACACUUCUCAAUCUAGAGAGCCUUUGUCUAUUGCGACUCCAGAGAGGAUUAAUUUAAGCAGAUCUAGCUCCAUAUUGUCGAAGACAGCUAACCAGAACAGCGGUUUCGAUGAAUUAGGAAGUUCUGACACGUCAUUUGGGUCCCCCGAAGUUAGUAACUUUAGAAAUCCAAUGCUCAUGAGAUCUUUUCAGGGGGAUAUGAAAACUACCAAGACAUCUUUGCAUGGGAAUUUUAUUGACUUGACAGAUAAAGAUGAAGAAAUUAAUCAGAGCGAAGUGCAAGUCAUAUUCCAAAGUCAGUUGGGUAGCCCUCAGGCAAAGACUCAGGUAAAGAGAAGUCACGUUGAUUUACUUGAUCACAUUACUGGCCAGCCUAAGAAAGUUGCUAAAUUACAAAGAUCUACUUCUCGCCCGCCAUCAACUGCGAGCUCUACAAGCAGUGUGGAAUUGACUCACGAACAAAGCACGGUCAUUCAAUAUGUGGUUGACGAAAAGCUUAACGUGUUUUAUACUGGUAGUGCCGGUACAGGUAAAUCAGUUGUUUUACGUGAAUUGGUACAAAGACUUCAGAGAAAGUUUGGCACCAAUAGAGUUGGAGUAACGGCUUCUACUGGACUAGCAGCUUGCAAUAUAGGUGGUCAAACACUUCAUAAAUAUUUGUCAAUCGGAUUAGGAACAGGAAGUCCUUUAGAAUUGGCGAAGAAAAUUAAGAGAAAUGGAUCACAAUUAAAAAAAUGGUUAGAUUUCAAAGUUUUGAUUAUUGACGAAGUUUCUAUGAUUGAUGGUAAACUAUUCACUAAACUAGAAGAAUUAGCUAGAUUGCUCAGGAAAAAUACGAAACCUUUUGGAGGCAUUCAAGUUGUAUGUACUGGAGAUUUUUUCCAAUUGCCUCCAGUUAAUAAAGAUGGUGCUAUCGAAUUUUGCUUUCAGAGCCCAGCGUGGAAGAAAGUCAUUGCUAAGACCGUUCUUUUAAAACAAGUUUUUAGACAAAGAGGUGACAACGAGUUGAUCGAUAUGUUAAACGCGCUUCGUUAUGGGGAAUUGAGUGAUGACAUGACAGCAAAAUUUUAUCAACUCUCACGUAAAGUUGAAUAUAGUGAUGGUUUGGAACCGACAGAGCUAUUUCCUACUAGAGACGAGGUGAAGAGAGCAAAUCAAGCAAGAUUGAACCAACUCAACACUAAAUCGAUGAGAUUUACGGCCAAAGAUAAUGUUACUGACCCUUAUCUUAUUAAAAUGUUGGAUAAUUUGAUGUGUGAGAAGGAUUUAGAGCUAAAAGAAGGAGCACAAGUCAUCUAUCUUAAAAACUAUAACGAUUACAUUGUCAAUGGUUCUAUUGGGACAGUAAUUUGCUUCAUGACUGAUGCCUUGUGGACUAAGGUCAAAGAACUCUAUGGAUUUAUUGAUUGUAGUGAUCCUCAAAUAGUGGAAGAAUUGAGAUUCUUAGCAUCAAGAAUCAGCAGAUCUGAGUGGGAUUCUGUAGAUAGUAUGAGACUUGAAAAGAUUCCUUCGGAAAGGAAAUCGCGAUUUACCGAAUUGAGUCAUGUUGCAUCUAAAGAGACAACAGCAAAUCUUUUGCCAAUAGUCAACUUUAAAACUACAAAUGAUGAAGAUUAUGUUUUAAAAGUAGAUCAAGAAGAAUUCUCUAUUGAUUCAGGAAGACUUGCGAAAGGAGCACAGGGUGAUUCUGCUCCUGAUAAAGUAACUCGCUCUCAAUUUCCAUUGUUGCUAUCCUGGGCCCUAUCAAUCCAUAAAGCUCAAGGUCAAACUAUUGAUAGACUUAGGGUGGACCUUAGAAAAAUAUUUGAGAAAGGACAGGUCUAUGUGGCACUUUCCAGAGCUACCAAUAAAGACCAUCUCGAAGUUAAAAAUUUUAACCCAUCUAGAAUAACCACAUCCAAGCAUGUCAAAGACUUCUAUAGAAGUUUAGAAAUUGCCUCCGAAGAGAGCAGUUAUUAG